CACACCGCUUUGGGAUAGAAAUAAAAGUUCUCCACUCUUGUUUACCUUUUUCUCAUGUUAAGAGCUUACAGAUUUGGAGACUCAUUUAUAUGGACUGUCUCCGUUUCUCCUUGUGUUUUUUCAUUCCCUUCUUAUAUAUCUGUUAGUGUGUAGUGUGGUUACUAAAGGGUCAGAAACAAAGAACACAACCCAACGCAUUCAAAGGUUUUGCAGCAAAGAACGCAACCCAACGCCAUCAAGGGUCCUGCAGGAAAGAACGCAACCCAAUGCAAUCAAAGGUCCUGCAGCAAGGAAUGCAACCCAUCACCAUUAAAGGUCCUGCAGCAAAGAAUGCAACACAAUGCCAUCAAAGAUCCUGAAGCAAAGAACGCAACCCUACGCCAUCAAAGAUCCUGAAGCAAAGAACACAGCCCGAUGCUAUCAAAGGUCCUGCAGCAAAGAACGCGACCCAACGCCACCAAAGGUCCUGAAGAAAAGAACACAACCCAAUGCCAUCAAAGAUCCUGAAGAAAAGAACACAGCCUGAUGCUAUCAAAGGUCCUGCAGCAAAGAACACAACCCAAUGUCCUCAAAGAUCCUGCAGCAAAGAACGUGACCCAACGCCACCAAAGGUCCUGAAGAAAAGAAUAGGACCCAACGGCAUUAAAGGUCCUGAAGCAAAGUGUGCAGCCCAACAGCAUCAAAGGUCCUUGCCACAGAACGCAGCCCAAAGCUUUUAAAUGACCUUAAGCAAAUAACGCAGUCCAACACCAUCAACAGUCCUACAGCAAAAAACGCCACUGAAUUAAAGGUCCUUGCAACAGAGAACACAACCCAAAAACUGCAGUAAGUGACGGAAGCCUCUACAUCUACAUCUAGCCACGUGUUCCUCUAUUGAAGGAGUGCAAACUGGCUGGCACCUUUUGUUGACCGCAGGUGACCUUACCAGAGACGUGAACUUUGCUCUCGCUGCCAUGAGGCUUGCCAGAAGUGGCUGGCACUUGGCACUGCUGUUGGUUACGACUGGCCUGGUUAGUUGCGGAAAGGGGAGGCGUGGGGGAGGCGAAAGGCGGAAGAAACUAAACCAGGUGCAGCAAGGCCAGUGCAGCUAUACCUUCAUCUUGCCGGAGGUGGAAAGCUGUCACGGUGGAGCAGACCAGAUUAGUGGAACUAAAAUUGUGCAACAGGACGCCCCGCCGGGAGACAGGGAGUUGUCAUCUCAGAAGCUGAGACAUCUGGAGAUGGCCAUGGAAAACAACACGCAGUGGUUGCAGAAGUUGGAAAACUACAUUCAGCAGAAUGUAAAGACAGGAAUGGUGCAUAUCCAGGCAGAUGCAGUCCAUAACCAGACAGCCACGAUGCUGGAGAUUGGCACCAACCUGCUCACACAGACUGCAGAACAAACCAGGAAACUCAAUGUAGUUGAGGCCAAGGUUAUGAACCAUACAUCAAGAAUUGCAAUCCAGUUAUUUGAGAAUUCGUUAUCAACAAACAAACUGGAGAAGGAGCUCUCGACACAGAUUACUGAAAUUUCAAAACUUCGAGACAAGAACAGUCGUUUGGAGAGUAAAGUCUUAGUACUGGAGUCACAGCAGAGGACAGAGCUGGAGGACAUCAGGGAAGAGAAAGAGAGACUGCGAGACCUGGUGAAGAGACAGACAGCUGCUAUAACGUCUCUAGAGAGACAGCUGAGAGCAGCCAGCAGUAAUAACUCAGCCCUGCAGAGACAACAUCAACAGCUCAUGAAGUCUGUACACACACUCAUUGGCCUGGUGUCUGCGGGAACAGGGUUCUUGCCAAAUGAGCAGCGGUUCCGAGACUGUGCAGAGGCCUAUAAAUCCGGUCACAACACCAGUAGAGUCUACCAGAUUUAUAUCGGAUACAUGAUGGAACCAACUAAGGUCUUCUGUGAUAUGGAGACAAGUGGAGGUGGAUGGAUGUUAUUCCAAAGAAGAGUCAAUGGAAGUGUGAACUUUCAGAGAGGAUGGAAAGACUAUAAACUGGGAUUUGGUGAUCCUAGUGGAGAGCACUGGUUGGGUAAUGAGGCUGUUCACCUGAUCACCAGUCAAGCCCAAUACUCCCUCCGGGUGGAACUAAAGGACUGGGAAAAUAAGGACACUUACGCACUGUAUGACCAAUUCCAGCUCGCCAGUGAAAAACAGCAGUACAGACUCUUGGUAGGGGGCUAUAGUGGAACAGCCGGACAGCUAAGUAGCUUAGCAUCAAACGGCACAGGCUUCAGCACUCGCGACGCUGACAACGAUAAGUGCGUUUGCAAGUGUGCCCUCAUGAUGACUGGAGGCUGGUGGUUCGAUGCAUGCGGCCUUUCCAACCUCAAUGGAAUCUACUACACAGUUGGUCACAACAUCCGCAAACUCAACGGUAUAAAGUGGCAUCACUUUCGAGGACCUAGCUAUUCACUCCAAUCCACCACCAUGAUGAUCCGACCAGCGGAUUUCUGACAUGGAGAAAUCACAUUGAAUGUUGGCAAACUCGUCACACUGAAUGACAGGUGUUCAAAUCGGAUUGCUUUCGGAACCCCAGUGGAGGCAGAUAAACAGUGUACAUUUUGAUAAACAAUCUGUCAUUUGAUGGACGAAUGCUAAUGUUUUACUGCAAAUCAUACAGUUGGCGAGGACAAAAGAGAUCAGCCUGAAAAUGUUAGCAUGUUUCUCUUUCACAUGCACAAACACUUACAAGCUUCACCAUCACAGCUACUCUUUUUGCCUGGAUUAAUGCAGCAUUAACAACCUGAAACAAUUUAUCAAUGGCCUUGACGAUUUCAUUAGACAACUACUACAUAGUGUCAAGAGUCAAUUGUUGUGGCAUCAAAUAAUUCCCAUGCAAGUGUAAUGGAAGCCAGCUGGUUCAUGAUAGCUGUGCGGUAUGUGUAAACCUCACUCCCCUGGCCUCAAGAGGUGCACUAGCAUCUGACGCUAGAGGCUGUAGCCUUUAGCCUCCUCGCUAACAUGCCUGUCUCCCAUGCUGGAGAUGUUGGUUCAAAUCCCAUUCGGAGCAGCUCAGGCAGGACCAGUCACAGUGCUACUGUGACCGAAUAGGAGUUAGGUUUAGGGGGGGUGAGUGUAACGGUAGCCAGCUAGCAUGUGCUGUGCAAUGUGUAAACAUCACUCCCCUGGCCUCAAGAGGCACAUUAGCAACUGACACUAGAGGCUGUAGCCGUUAGCCUUCCAUGCCGGAGACGGCGGUUCAAAUCCCGUUCGGAGCAGGUCGGGCAGGACCGGUUACACAAGGUGAACUUCUCAAACUAAAGGAGGACAAAAGGGAUGAGAAACACAACCUGAUUCUGAAGAAAAGACUCAAGCAGAUUUCUUAACUUUUCUUGAUGUUACAAGCCAAGAAUUUAGGCAGACAUGUCCAGAUAUGGACCAGGUGCACCUUUAUAUUCUUGGUUUGACAAUAUUUUCGAAACCAAUGAACGAACAAUAGAUUAACAGACAGACAGACAGACAGACAAACAGAUAGACAUUCAUCAAAAGUGAUAUUACCUAAUUUCUUCAAUUACCUCUUUGUUUUUAAUAACAGGAUAUUUUUUAAUUGUGCAUCUCUUUCAAUAGGCCUCAAAAACACACUCUAUGCAAGUAGAGCAAUGCAUUGGCUAAACAUAUAGGCAUAAAGCUUUUUGUGAAGGUUAGGUUUAGGGGUAGGGUUAGGAGUUUGUGUACAGUAUAAAAAUCAUUAUGUCUAUGGAGAGUCCACAUAAGGAUAGCUGCACCAACGUGUGUGUGUGUGUGUGUGUGUGUGUGUGUGUGUGUGUGUGUGUGUGUGUGUGUGUGUGUGUGUGUGUGUGUGUGUGUGUGUGUGUGUGUGAAAGAUACUAUAUUUUGUAUACUGAUUUCUUUCCAUGCUUUAUAUUUGGUAUGCUACCUGUUGUUCCCAUUUCCAAAAACACUUCAAAAGGAUGCACUUUGACUGUUUCUAACUUUGUACGAUAUAAAUGCAUUAGUUGCUGCUGUUGUAGAUUCAUUAUUACUUUUUGACCAUGAACUUUUCAACACAUAUUACUAAAUUGACCAUAAAUCUGUCAUCAUGUACCAUUACGUUUUGGAAAAUAAAACCC